AUGCCCGGGGAUGAGGGACACAAUGACCACUUCACUGGUCAAAAUGACCCAGAGGAGCACGAAGCUCAGUCCCUACUGUCUCCGUCCAACGAAGAACCUGACGAUCUCAUAGUCCACCAUGGCCCUACAACUUCACCCCUAGGGCCGCCCAAAAGACCUCAACCGAAGCGCCAAUCUUCAAUAUCCCAGCGGGCACCCGAUGGACAACGUCGCACGCCACGUACUCUAAACCGGGUUCGAUUCGAUCUGGAUGAGGAAUCCGAGGGGGGAAGUCACAACUGGGAUGAAGAAGCCCACGACGAGAACGGACGCGCUCACAGUCCAGAUGAUACCAUGUGGCUGGACGAGGAGGAUUAUGAGCUUGAAAACCAGGGAAGACCAGGCAUGCGGCAUGGAGGACAGUCCGUGCCUCUCCUGACCGACAUCGAGGCACCUAGUGUGACCCUCGCUACGUCAGACGACUUCUUUCCCGAGGAACACCUGGAGAACGCGCGGCCACGAAGCGGAUUGAAGAUGGCAUUCAUGAAUAUGGCCAACAGCAUCAUCGGGGCGGGAAUCAUUGGUCAGCCUUACGCGCUCCGCCAGGCAGGCAUGAUAACGGGAGUUCUGCUACUGACAGCAUUGACCAUCACUGUUGAUUGGACCAUUCGCCUAAUCGUGAUCAACUCAAAAUUGAGCGGAGCUGACUCGUUCCAAGCUACCAUGCAGUAUUGCUUUGGGAAAAGCGGGCUUGUGGCAAUCUCUGUUGCGCAAUGGGCCUUUGCUUUCGGUGGCAUGGUUGCUUUUUGUAUCAUCGUCGGCGACACGAUUCCGCAUGUCUUUGGUGCUUUGUUUCCAUCGCUGCGUGAGAUGCCUUUUCUAUGGCUAUUGACAGAUCGACGAGCAGUAAUUGUUAUCUUUGUAUUGGGCAUCUCGUAUCCCCUGUCACUAUACAGAGAUAUUGCCAAGCUUGCAAAAGCAUCUGCGCUGGCGUUUGUCAGUAUGAUUGUCAUUGUGGUCACUGUCAUAACACAGGGGUUUCGUGUCGCAGCAGAGUCACGAGGUGAAUUCAAAAGUCACCUUAUCGUCAACUCGGGAUUCUUCCAGGCUGUUGGGGUCAUAUCUUUUGCAUUUGUUUGCCACCACAACAGCCUUCUGAUCUACGGAUCGUUGAAGAGACCCACUCUUGACAGAUUUGCCAUCGUUACUCAUUACUCUACAGGAGUUUCUUUGAUCAUGUGUCUUGCCAUGGGUCUAGCAGGAUUCCUUUCCUUUGGGUCGAAAACCCAGGGCAACGUGCUCAACAACUUUCCAUCCGACAACAUCUUGGUCAAUAUUGCUCGAUUUUGCUUUGGUUUGAACAUGUUGACCACCUUGCCCCUAGAAGCCUUUGUCUGUAGAUCUGUUAUGACGACGUACUACUUCCCGGAUGAGCCUUUCAACCCCCAUCGCCACUUGAUCUUCACAACUGCCUUGGUCGUGACAUCAGUGUUGAUGGCGCUGAUGACCUGUGACCUCGGCAGUGUGUUUGAGCUGAUUGGAGCGACCAGUGCGGCAUCUCUGGCAUAUAUCUUCCCUCCACUGUGCUAUAUCAAGCUCAGCAGUACUAGCCGCCGGGAAAAGAUCCCCGCUUAUCUCUGUGUUGGCUUUGGGCUUGUUGUCAUGGGUGUUAGUGUGGUACAAGCCGUUGCCAAGAUUAUUCGGAAUGACGGCGAAGGCCACUCUUGUGCGGCUUCUUAG